UUGAGGAAUAUAGAUUUUAUAUGUCAAGAGCGACGCGCGUUUGUAGUAUCAGGCUUUAGACUCUCCUCGCGAUCGGAGCUUGGAGCUCGAAGCAGAUCGGACCGAAUUCAGAGUUGCGACCAGAAGGAAUCGCAUUCAAGCGAUGCGAAACGACGACGAAGCGGACCGGGUGCUGGACGCGAAGCAGUGGCGGUUGGAGGCUCAGGCGGUGAUCGACGAUGUCAGGAAACACGUGCAGGAUCUGAAGGUGUCCGAGCGACUGAUCAACACAAACCAGGUCAUCUACCUGAACCUGACCACGCUGGAAGGUCUACAGUUCUGCGUAGAACUAUCAGCCGCCGGCUUUGCUAUCGUCGGCAAUCGGUACGACGACACGUCGAACGCGGACAACAUCGAGCGUUUCGAGACGCCCUACAGUCUGCUGGACUUCGUCAGCCCGCAGUACAGAAAUUCCUUUGGAAAUGCGCUGCUGGACAAGCUGAAGGAGUUGAGUGAUAAGCGAUAAAUCUCGCGCGAGACGAUGGAAAAAAAGCAGUUUCUGUCGGCGUGACUUUGGUUGAGAGUUAGGUUAAGUGCGUCGGUUAAAAGUUAGAUUGUAAAUUGAACUCUCACUCUGUAAUGGAAUUCAUAAUGUGAAUUAAGUAAUGUGAAGGAUGGAAAUCAGACUGGACUUUUUGAAAAUAUAAAAUAAUGAUUUUAAACUGGAGAUCUUGAUUUGCACGGCCUUACCCUGGAAAAAGAGAGAGAAGGAUGGGAAAGGAGAGAAAGACAAUACCAAGACUUCUGAAAUAAUUCCUGGAAUUUUGCAGUUUCAUCUCAUUCAUCGAUCACCCAAUAUUUCAUCUUUUCCUAUAAUAGCAGCGCGAGGUUGAUUCAUCGUUCCCAGAAAGCGAAAGGACACUUCCUUAUCGUCUUCCGUGAGGUGAUUUUCUAGCGCAUUCGGUCUAAUCAGUGACUUCACAGAUGCGCAAUGACGCAUACGUCUUAUCGUGUUUUGUAUCGUUCCGGCGCACAACUGCGACGCGAUGGACUUGUUAAUGCUGUGGUCGGGCUAUGGGGAAACCAAGAGUAAUCUUAUCGGGAAUUAAGCUAGAACGAUUAUGACGCAAUACGAAUUGGCCGACGUGUCGAAAGGUACCAGCCGCAAAGCAGUAGAAAAAUAAAUGCCAAACUUUUGAAUCCAUACGACUGUACUAUUGCGUCCGAAUUCCACAAACAGGUUCUCGUGUAGUCAUUAGCAUUUACAAAAUAAUUGUGUAAUUCAAAUUUCAAUUUUAAUGUCUCCAAAUUUGUUUACUUUUUAGAAUUCAGGGAUCAGAGCAGAGUUACUUGAAGUGACUUUUGAGAGUAUCGCGGACUUUUGAAAAUACUGCGCGAAUAUCUGAAUAAUUUGAUUUGUGCGAAUAGGUGAAUCUCAAUUGCUUCUUGUGAAACUGAACGAUCUGGGUUUUUCAAAUUCUCUGUCAAACUGACUUAUCGUUAUCUUGUAAUUAUUUGUCAUUCAGAUCAUUAUUAUUUAUCUGUCGCUGAUAUUAAUUUUAAGAGUUAAUUGAUCCAUCGCAAAAUUAACUAUCCGAAUAGUCAUUCUUGGUAAACUUAUCUACAUUAUACUAAAAUGUAUUUAAAAUGAAAUGCACUUUGGUCUUUUUUUACACAGCGGAUGUAUAAAAAAAGUCAUAAAAAUUAAUUUACAAUGAAGUAUAAAACUUGUAUUGUGUUAAAGUAAUGCAACAACUAUAUAAAAAACAAUUUAAAAUAUAGAAAUACAUUCACUAAAAACAUUUUAUUUAAUAAACGUAAAAACUAAUGUUGAGAAAAAGAUAGUUUUUUUUUAAAUCGAUAUUUAUUCAUCAUUGCUAUCAUACAACGAGUUUGUUGUGAAUAAAACCAUGGGUAAAAUGUAUAAAAGAGAUUACGUGUUUUUUUUAUGUAAAAAAAAUUAUGUAACUGUGAAUAUCGUAUAAAAAAAUACCCUGUAAAAAAAGACCCAAGUGUAUAAGGGACCUGAACUUAACUUUUCUUAAAGUUCUAUUAAAUGAAAUUUUUCAAACUGUA